GCGGCGGCGGCGGCGGCGGCUCACCUGGGCGCAGCGCGGGCCGGGCGCCGCCUCCGGGACGCAGGUGGAGCGGGCAGGGCGCGGGCACCAUGAGCAGCGGCGCCAACAUCACCUAUGCCAGCCGCAAGCGGCGCAAGCCGGUGCAGAAAACAGUAAAGCCAGUUCCUGCUGAAGGAAUCAAGUCAAAUCCUUCUAAGCGACACAGAGACCGACUGAACACAGAGUUGGACCGUCUGGCCAGCCUGCUGCCCUUCCCACAAGAUGUUAUUAACAAGCUGGACAAACUCUCAGUUCUCAGACUCAGUGUCAGCUACCUAAGGGCCAAGAGCUUCUUUGAUGUUGCAUUAAAAUCCUCCCCUGCUGACAGGAAUGGAGGCCAAGAUCAGUGUCGAGCACAAUUCAGAGAUGGGCUGGACUUGCCGGAAGGAGAGUUCUUAUUACAGGCGCUGAAUGGCUUUGUCCUGGUUGUCACCGCAGACGCCUUGGUCUUCUAUGCUUCCUCGACUAUCCAAGACUACCUGGGCUUUCAGCAAUCUGAUGUUAUACAUCAGAGCGUCUAUGAGCUUAUCCAUACAGAAGACCGAGCUGAAUUCCAGCGCCAGCUUCACUGGCCUCUAAACCCUGCACAGUGCCCAGACUCUGCACAAGGAGUGGAUGAAGCUCAUGGCCUCCCACAACCACCGGCAGUCUAUUUCAAGGCAGACCAGCUUCCUCCAGAGAACGUUUCUUUCAUGGAGAGGUGCUUCGUGUGCCGCCUGAGGUGUCUCCUGGAUAAUUCAUCUGGUUUUCUGGCGAUGAAUUUCCAAGGGAGGCUAAAGUAUCUCCAUGGACAGAACAAGAAAGGGAAGGAUGGCGCCUUACUUCCCCCACAGCUGGCUUUGUUCGCGAUAGCGACCCCGCUUCAGCCACCGUCCAUACUGGAGAUUCGAACCAAAAACUUCAUCUUCAGGACCAAACACAAACUGGACUUCACACCUAUUGGUUGUGAUGCCAAAGGACAGCUUGUUCUGGGCUACACAGAGGUAGAGCUGUGCACAAAAGGCUCAGGAUACCAGUUUAUUCAUGCUGCUGACAUGCUUUACUGCGCAGAAUCCCACAUCCGAAUGAUUAAGACUGGAGAAAGUGGCAUGACAGUUUUCAGGCUUCUGGCAAAGCACAGUCGAUGGAGGUGGGUCCAGUCCAAUGCACGCUUGAUUUAUAGAAAUGGAAGACCAGAUUACAUCAUCGCAACUCAGAGACCGCUAACGGAGGAAGAAGGAAGAGAGUACUUACAGAAGCGAGGGACGAUGAUGCCAUUCACGUUUGCUACCGGGGAGGCUGUACUGUACGAGAUCUCCAGCCCCUUCCCGCCCAUGAUGGAGUCCUUACCAACCCAGACCAAAAGCAGCACGAGUGGGAAGGACUGGGCUCCCCAGUCAACCCCAAGUAAGGAUUCUCUCCACCCCAGUUCCCUGAUGAAUGCCAUGAUCCCACAGGAUGAGUCCGUCUAUCUCUGCCCUGCUUCAGGUCCUGCACCGUUAGAUGGCCAUUUUCUCACAGACUCUGCGAGUGAAUGCAGUGGCUGGCAAGACAGCAUUGCACCGAUAGGGAGUGAGGCUGUGUGGAAACAGGAGCAGCUUGGGCAUGCUCAGGACAUGAACCUUGCACUCUCUGGAGGCCCCCCGGGGUUCUUUCCAGACAAUAAAAAUAACGACUUGUACAGCAUCAUGAGAAACCUAGGGAUUGAUUUUGAUGAUAUCAGACGCAUGCAGAGUGAGGAGUUCUUCAGGACUGACCUGCCUGGUGAGGUUGACUUCAGAGACAUCGACAUAACAGACGAAAUCCUGACAUAUGUGCAAGAUUCUCUAAACAAGUCGACCUUGCUGAAUUCAGCCAGCCAGCAACAGCCCGUGACUCAGCACCUAAGCUGUAUGCUGCAGGAAUGCCUGCAUUUAGAACAGCAGCAGCAGCUACAGCAGCACCAAACUCAGGCAGUGGAACCCCAGCACCAGCUGUGUCCUCAGAUGGAGCCCCAGCAACAGCUGUGUCCUCAGAUGGAACCCCAGCAUCAGCUGUGUCCUCAGAUGGAACCCCAGCAUCAACUGUGUCCUCAGAUGGAGCCCCAGCAUCAGCUGGGUCAGAUGGAGCCCCAGCAACAGCUGUGUCCUCAGAUGGAGCCCCAGCAUCAGCUGGGUCAGAUGGAGCCCCAGCAACAGCUGUGUCCUCAGAUGAAGCCCCAGCAUCAGCUGGCACAGAUGAAACCCCAGCAACAGCUGUGUCCUCAGAUGGAGCCCCAGCAUCACUUGCCUCAGAUGGAACCCCAGCAAGAGCUGGGUCAGAAAAUGAAGCAUAUGCAAGUCAAUGACAUGUUUGCAAGUUGGAACCCCACCCCUCCUGUGCCUUUCAACUGUCCUCAGCAGGAACUGAAACAUUACAAUGCCUUUUCAGACUUACAGGGGACUGUUCAGGAGUUCCCCUACAAAUCUGAGGUGGACAGCAUGCCUUACACACAGAACUUUGCUCCCUGUAAUCAGUCUGUGCUACCACAACACUCUAAGUGUGCACAGUUGGACUUUCCUGGAAAGGGUUUUGAGCAGCCCCUGCACCCCACUACUUCUAAUUUAGAAGAUUUUGUCACUUGUUUACAAGUUCCUGAAAACCAAAGACAUGGGAUGAAUGCACAGUCAGCCGUGGUCCCUCCUCAGGCCUACUAUGCUGGGGCCAUGUCCAUGUACCAGUGUCAGCCAGGGCCUCAGCCCACCCCUGUGGACCAGAUGCAGUACAACCCUGCAAUUCCAGCCUCCCAGGCUUUUCCAAACAAGUUUCAGAAUCGGGGAGUGUUAAAUGAAACCUAUUCGUCUGAAUUAAACAGUGUUGGUCACACUCAGAAUGCUGCUCAUCUUCAUCAUCCAGCAGAAGCCAGGUCUUUUCCUGAUAUCACACCCAGUGGAUUCCUGUAGCUUCAAGCCCAGGAUGAAAUUCAUUCAGGAACUGUCAAUGCUGGGCAUCAGCACUCUUUUUCCAAACCAGAUUUGAAUCUUUGUGUUUAGAAAAAGAGUUUAAAAACAUAUUGUCAGUCACCUGUAGAAUGGGAAGCUCCCUGGGAGCGUAGGGAGAGACCACAUGCAUUUACAUGGCUUCCGUACCUCGGGGUGCACAGUGCUCACUGCGAAGAACUUUAGGACUCUGGAAAUUUGAACUUCUCUGCUCAGUGACUUCAGCCAGAAAAACAGUGAAGUACUUUGAGCUUUGAACUUCAGGAUUCUUGUUAGUAUACCAAAUACAGAGUUACAAGACUAAUUGAUUUCCUGUAUUUUUAACUUGUUUUUGUCUCAGAUGUUAAAAUAAAUGGUUUGGUGCUUUUAUCAAAAGAAAAAUCUCAAUGUUUUCCUUCUGCACUGUUAAUACAAGUGCCUCACAUUUUUUUCUAUCUACCUGUAACACAAUAGGGUGUCUAUUUUGUAUAAAUAUUCUUUAUCUUUUUUUGAAUUAAUAUUCUUUCUGCACAAUUAUUACUGGAGUCUCCUAAAUCCCAUCAUUUUUAUUAAUUCGGGCAUGUUUUUACUGCACUACUUGUCCUCUUUCUUCAGAUAAAGGGCAAAGAUGACUGAGAGAUAACUAUUUAUUAUGUAAUAUACUUGCUCUGGACUUUAGAUGUUCCUCUGUGCCUUACGUUGAAAAUUUUGAAAAUAACAUGUUACCAAAAUUAUUUAAUUAUUACAUAAAUAUUAAGACAGUAGCACUUAUAUUUUAACAGUGUUUUCAGAGAAGUGGCAUUCUGAGAACGCCACUGUUUGCUUUCACUGACACCUCUAUAUUGAUAACAGAAUACCACCAUGUAAAGUGCUCAAGGCAGCCGUGUUCACCAAGCUGCAGGGAAGGGAAGUGGAGUUUGUCUAGCUCUGUAGUUAUUAAGCAAAGCACUCAUUUCAUUGUGUAUAAAUUGUCUUUAAAAGCUAUGUUGGGUCUGCAAUUCUUUUCAUUAUGUUGACCUUAUAAAUUUCACUUCUUAGACUAGUGGAAGCUAUUAGUUUUUCUCAUAUUUGAGGAGUGUUAAGAUUGAAGAUGCCAUGUUUGGUGCAAGGUAUUUUAAUGAAUGAAAUGAAUGGUGCAUUGCAUAAAUGUAACGAACAAAAUAAUCUGUAAAAUAUUUUCAGUUUUCAUUGAAGACUAGUCCUUACCUCAUAUGCAUAUUUUUUUCAGUGUAUCUUGUUAAGAAAUCAAAUAAUGAGUUGAGGCUUUUGAACUGGUAUUAAGAUAAAGAUAAAUAUAAUUGGUUCACCUCCAUACAUUGUUUGUAUAACCUUUGCUACCAAUAUGGCAAAUUUGUCACUCUGCAAAAUUUACUCUUCUAAAAUGGCUUAAAGAAAAGAAAAAUGCUAGGGUCUGUCAUUGUUUUUGCCAUUCACUUAGAUAUAAUAUAUGAAGGACAUGGACCUGUUUUUCAUAUAUUGUAAAAAAAAUCUGAUGAGAUCCCAAACUGAGAUGGAGUAUUAAAAUACAGCAGUGGUUCUCAAUCUGUAGGUCUUGACCUCUUUGGGGGGGUCACACAACCCUUUCACAGGAGGCACCAAAGAUCAUCAGAAAACACAGAUAUUUAUAUUAUAAUUCAUAACAGUAGCAAAAUUACAGUUACAAAGUAGCAAUGAAAAUAAAUGCAUUGUUGUGGGUCACCACUACCUGGGGAACUAUAUUAAAGGGUUGCAGCAUUAGGAAGGUUGAGAAACACUGAAAUACAGGCUCUUUUAUUUUUCUUUUAGAAAAUGAAGGUAUGUAAACAUGGCUUCAGGUAAAAGGAUUUUUCAAUUCCAUGCAUUUUCAGUCAAAAUUCUGAAUCUUUAGGAUUAAGCAUUGAGAAACGACUGUCUAAGACAUUUCACAAUUUGCUUCCAGCAUGAGGUAUCACUAAGGGUUUAGACCAGUGGUCUGGGUUUAUGUUCCAUUUUUAUUAAAAGUUGUCAUAGAAACCAUUUUGUCAAUCUCUGCUACAUGUUAACAAGUGUUCAAUUAAAAAUAACUUUGGACAUUAUAAGUAUGCUAUCAUUUAAUUACGCACUUAUAAAACUGAAAGUUUUAAAGGCAAUAUAGUGUGUUUUUAUCUAUAUAAAAUGACUAAAACAUCUAAGAACAAUAAAAUCACAUUAAAUUGAAUAUGCAUUUGUCUGUAUUGCUAAAUGCCAAACAAAAGGAGUUAUUAAAGCACUACUGGACCGAGGGAUUAACUUCUAGAUGAAAUCCACAUCUAAGGCUGUGUGUGAGACUGGAGUUCUUCCCAUCCAGCUGUUCUUACACACCUGAGUACUUACCAAUAUGCCAUUGUGUUAACCUCUUCCAAUUGUUACUCUGCACAAGCUAGCUUGUUUCAGUGUGAGUAGAUCUUAGGUUUACAGAGCUGCCUGCUACCCUUCAGACUGUUAUUGCUUACAUAUGCCAUGCAGAGAUUUUUGUUUAUAAUAUCCUUAAAUGUCAAAAAGAAAAUGUAAACAAUGAUAUAUGAUAAUAAAAUAACCAAGUAUGA